GCAACAGAGAUGGCCAUCACUAAUAAGAAAUUUACUUUUACGCCGGAAAUUAGCGAACUUCUACCCGUGCGGGAACACAGGUGCCAGAAGUGUCCUAACCUGGUGUUUGGCAACCUUAGUCAUUAUCAAUUGCACCUGCGCCAACGCCACCAGGAGGUUCUCCCACCCUCACAGAGCGGAGCAAACACCGUCUUUCAGUGUCCAGUGGAAAAGUGCAUCUACCAUGUUGCGAGCAAGGGAGUUCGCAGCUUCUCCAGCCUGCGGCUGCUGCGACAGCACUAUCAGAAAAGCCACCUGGACAAGAACUACAAGUGCCAGGGAUGCGGUGAGAAGUUCCUGCUGCAGCAUCACCUGCACAAGCAUAGAUGCUCGGAGCACAAGUGUCCCGUAUGCGAACUUACCUACAACAGCAAGGCCGGAUUGAGGACGCACAUGCGGCGCAAAAACCAUUUCAUGGAGGAGCUGCAGCCCGUCAAAGUGGCUAUUCCUUCGCUUGACACCUGGAGAAAAUUGAAUCCAGUGCCUAAUCCCUUGCCUGCAGAAGAAACUAACGUUCGCUGUUUGGAAGAAACACCUGUUUUACGUGUUCAAGACCAAGAAUUUAACCACAUUACCUCCAGCUUGGCAGUCUUUACUGAAUUUCCAUCUGAACCAACUCCAGGAGAGGAUUCAAAUCUAAACACAGUCACCAAUAUACCCGCCCCAGAGGAGCAUUUUCUUUGCUUUCUUCCGAUUAUGGAUGUUCCAUACUCUGUGGAGCAGCCAUCACAAAAACUGGACAUGGAGACCCAAACAGAGGAAGAAGAUCUGAACGAAAUCAGAAACGAAGUGUUAAGCCCACUUUUGCGCGAUAUACAAACACAAACGCCAGAUACCAGAGGCGACAUUGGAACUAUGACCGAGGAUUUCCCCGAGGAGGAACGAAAAAUGGCAGAGCCAGCUCCAGUUGAUAGUGAUUUUCCCACCUACUCCGAAAACGAAUCCAUGUUCGGUUUGCAAACUUCCGCACACAUGUACACCCAGACCUGCGACGAAUUGUUCGAGGAGCUCGGAUUGUCGCAUAUCCAAACGCAAACCCACUGGCCAGAUGGUUUGUACAACACGCAGCACACACAGACCUGCGACGAAAUGCUGGACGAACUCUUCCUCGAUAACUUUCAGUCGACAUGCACUCAAACCAGGUGGCUGGACUGGCAGGGCAACGGCGAAAGCGAAAGUUAUGGAAAAUCAGAUUGAAAGUUUAGUAAUUUUGAAUGUGUUUAAUUGACAACAGGACCAAAAGAAAUAUAAUUAUAAAUUAGAUUUAUUAGAUCUUUCUUUUGUACAAAGAAUCUUUAUAAAUACUAGACACCUGUUUGCAAAAUUCACAAAA